UCAAACUGAAGGACGGAAUUUGUUUGGGUUUGUUGGGUUGUUAGAACAUCAGAAGAAUGUACUGAAUUAGUUGGUGAUCGAUGACUGAUAAUAAAAUGAAGUGCCCAAAGUUGUUAAUAGUGAUAGUGUUGAGUGUUCUUUUGCGAUGUGAUCUAACUUUUUCGAUUGAAGUGCAUGAAGACAGUAAUGAGGAGAGUAACGAGUUGGCACCGGAGCCCCUGAAAAGUACGCUGCCCAACAGUAACGCCAAUCUGGCUGGGAAUGACAACCGACCGUCGGCAACUGUGCCUGGGACCAAUGAACCCGGUAAACAACCCCCAGUACCGAUGAUGGUGACAACCGACUCGACCAGUUCCCAGGCCGAGUCGCCAAACCAUCAUCAUCAACACCAUCAACACCACCAUCAUAAGCAGCACAGUCCUACCUAUCGAGAUGCGCCAUUAUCGAUUACGGCAACUGCUGCAACAUCGUCAUCGUCUUCAUCUGCUUCAUCCACGACGGAGGAUUCCUCUUCCGGAUCGCCGGCUAAAGAGGAGGGUGGCAACGGACAGGAUGUCGAUCAGCGGGGCGGCACUACUCGGAAUCACUUAUCCGGUGGAUACAAGAAGCGUCAAUUGAACACCAAUGUAUUUCAGCAACCACGCGUGCGGAAGAACGAAACCAACGAAAGAAGCUUCGAUAAACAGCAAAAAAAGCAAUUUGUACCCUCCCCCGAGGUCCAUUUCUACAGUCAGGAUGAUUCUCAGCCCCGGUUGCCAAAUCAUGGCCAUCAUCAGGUGGAUGCACCUUUUCCGGCCAAUGCGGUUAACGGCGAUUCCAAAUGGUUUGCGACUCAUCAGCCCCAUUUCCCAACGUCAUCGUUCGAACAUGAGACUAAAAGUGCCGAAAGACCGGUCGCAAAUCACGAUUGGCCUUCAAAAUUUGAGCAGCACAAAAACGGGAAGUUACUUUGGUUGCCAAACGAUAGACACCCCCAUGAAUCGGACACUCCCUUCAGCCAUUCGCCUCCGAAACCCAAGGGAAAGUGGAAAUGGGUACCGGAAGAAGAGGAACACGGUUCCAUCACCCUGCAAGACGAUCGCAAUCUGGAAUCGGUUCCAGAUGUGGAAAAUAAACUAGCUUUCGGUCAGCCGUCGACUACCUUUUCAAAAGGCCAGGGACACUCAUUCCAAGGGCAUCCUUACUCAUUCGAUGGAAUUCCUGCCUCAUCAUCCGGAUCAUCAGGGACGGAAACCCCAUUCAGUGGUGGAGGAGGAUCGUCGGCACCCGGCGAAGGCACUAAUGGCGUGAUAUCGUCAGGUCCCUUCGAUUACUUUUUCGGCUCAACGGGUCAUGAAUCUAAGCUCAAGAUGGGUGGAAAAGGCGAAAACUCUCUUAAAAAAGUUUCGCCGUGGAAGAAGUUGGUCCACGUGCUGACGGCCGCCAUUCCGAUAGGACUCAUCAUAUCGGCCCUAACUCCACAAGUUGUUUAUGUGAACCCCAACAUGACCAUACCACCGGUGCAGAUGCAGACCCCGACGCCUAUCAGCACAUCGAGCGCGGCAUUCACGAUCCCGAACCGGCAGCGCUCCGAAGACGGAACCAACGCAUUUCACGGGUUUCUGCACGCUCUGACAUCGAUGACCCCGUGGUCCGGUGCUGCCGGCGGAAGCUGCGAGGAGAAAUCCUUCUGCGAGAUGACCCGUCUCGGGAUGAAUCACGAUGCUGACAUACUGUACAAAAUGCUGUGGAAAAUCGCGAACGAAACACCCGAGGAACGCGCCAGGCAGAGCGGCUUGGAGGAGAUGUUCCGAGCAAUUAGAGAAAAUAACUGUGCAAGUUUUGUGUGCGAAGGUACUUGAUUCGGUGAUAAAAUUGUUCAAUGACUGCAUUAUUUAAUCGACUGUUAUUGUUGAACACAUCAGUAAUGUGUGGCAAUCAUAUGUGUUUUGUUGAGGCUAUUGUUGUAAGCUUUGAAUGUUGUAACCCAGAAACAAUGUUGUGUAAUAAUUUCUUACGAACGAAAUCACACCUUAGAAGAGAAGUGUCAAAAUGUAAAAUCUGCUUCUAUCACUUGAACGGGAAUU